AUGUCUGCCUUCAUGUACACUCACCAGCAACAACACCACCCUCACCACAACACCCACAUGUCUCAAAAUAACCACCAUGGUCGCUCUCGCCGCGCUCCAAAAAUGGCCGCUCAAAAUGCUCAGCGUCAGUUUCGAGGUGUGAAGAGCAUGCGAGAGCUCGCCGAAGCUCCCGCUGUGACUGCCUUCCGGGCUCGUUUCGAGGCUGGUCGCUCCUUUGACCUCGAUGACGAUUUGGAGUUCUGCCCCAAUCUCCUGACCGACGAAGAUCUGCACUCUAUCCACUCCGCUUCUUCCGACCGCUCUUCGCUGUCCAGUGGAUCCCCCGAUACUUCGCCGCUCCAGCACCAGAUUCAGCCAGUGCAGCAGGUUACUCCGGCUAUCUCUCUCUCUCCCGCUUCUGCCAACUCUUACGUCCACGGAGUCAACCCUCACCAUCACCAAAACUACCAGCAACAGCAACCUGCCAACCGUACCCGCAAGGUCAUUCCUAUCAUCAACCCCAACACAGGAAUGUCCUUGGCCAGCCCACCCUCGUCUAUUUCGCCGGCAAUGAUGCAGACGGCCCAGCGUCGAUGGUAA